AUGACAGACCCUUCUCUCGUCUCUAUUAUUGCGGCCACAACCGCAGUCUUCAUUUAUCUUGUCAUCACCUUGCGCAAUGUAGGCCGACGGCCGGCAGACUACCCCCCUGGCCCACCAACGCUGCCAAUAAUCGGCAACUUGCAUCUGAUGCCAUCAAAAUAUCCCCAUCAACAAUUCAAAAAAUGGGCUGAAGAAUACGGCCCGAUCUACUCGCUCGUGCUCGGCACAAAGACCUACAUCGUUCUCUCCAGCGACGUCGCAGUCAAGGAUCUUCUGGAUAAGCGCGGCGCGAAUUACUCCUCGAGACCAGAGAUAUUUAUCGGCCAUGAGAUUGCCAGUGGUGGACUGCGACUGGUUACGAUGCCAUACGGCCCGUUAUGGCGAAUGAUGCACAAGAUCAUCCAUGGGAUCCUCAACAUCCGAGCGGCCAAGGCCUAUGUGCCCUACCAAAUGCUUGAAAGACAGCAGAUGCUGCUGGGGUUCUUGGAACAACCGAAUGAGUUUGUCAAGCAUCUGCGGCGCUACUCUUUCUCGUUGACGACGCAGAUCAUUUAUGGGUUCCGUGCGCAGAGUAUUCACCAUCCAAAGUUGCAGCAGCUUAUAACGUGCUUCGAAUCAUGGGGUGAAGUAGUCGGCAAUGCCAGCGCCCAGAUCUUAGACCUUUUUCCAGUGCUACGGAAGCUCCCAAAGUUCCUGCUGCCAAGCUAUCGAUACGCCCAGGAGCUACACAGGGUAGAAAGGAAACUGUACACGGAUCUGUGGAUGGAUGCGAAACGGGAAAUUCUGGCUGGGACAGCAAAGCCAAACUUCUGCGUCGACCUCCUCAAAGCCCAAGAAGUCGAGCAGUUCUCCGACGCCCAAGCCGGCUACAUCAGCGGGUCCCUCCUCGAAGCCGGCUCCGACACAACCGCAUCGAUGCUCUCCGCCUUCGUCCUGGCAAUGGUCGUCUCCCCGGACGUCCAAGCCAAAGGCCAGGAAGAGAUCGACCGCGUCGUAGGCCCAGCCCGCCUCCCAACAAUGGACGACGCCCCCGACAUGCCGUACAUCCGCGCCUGCGUGAAAGAGACGCUACGCUGGAUGCCCACCGUCAUCCUGGGGACACCGCACUGCGCCAUCCAAGAAGACAGCUACAUGGGCUACCGCAUCCCAGCGGGCUCCACGAUCAUCACGAACGUCUGGGCCCUGCAAAUGGACUCAAACCGCCAUCCCAACCCGCGCGCAUUCGACCCAGCCCGCUUCGUAAACGACACCCUCUCCGAGUUCGAAGCAGCCAUGGACCCUGACGUCAGCAAACGCGGGAACUUUGUUUUCGGCACCGGGCGGCGGCUCUGCCAGGGGAUGCACAUUGCCGAGCGGUCGAUGUUCCUUGCUAUCUCCGGGCUUCUGUGGGCGUUUACUUUCGAGAAGACGCUUGGUGCAGAUGGGAAGCCUGUAACGCCUGAUAUUGAUGAUUUGGUGGGUGGGAUUGCGGUCCAGCCAGCGCCGUUUGGGGCGGUUAUUGAGCCGAGGGGUACGGAUAAGGCGGAGAUUAUACGGAAGGGGUGGAGGGAGUGUGAGGAGUUGCUGGAUAGGGAGACGUAUCAGUGGAAGGAGGUGCCGGGGGGUAUGGCGUUUGGGAAAAAUAAGGUCGGUUCGGGGUUGCCUAUAAGCUGGGGCACUGGGAGAUGA